CUAUAUACCUUGUAUGAAGCAGUGGUCAAGACGGCGUCAAGUGCAGCAGCCCUAUAACCCCUCAACAACACCAACAAGCACUGUCCAUCAGUAUUUACCGCUUACUUAAGAAGAAACCCCUAAACAUACUUCACGUAUUGUGGCAGAGGGAAGAAAAGUGAGGUGCAGGAAGGUGAAGUGUGUGAGGGAAGUCAUAAUUAGAGUGAGGAAGGGAAGAAGGUUGUUACUUGACCAUGCCGGUUGGUGCUGAUGGAUUCCGUCUUCCUAAUGUUAAUGAAAGCCAAUUUAAGAACAAAUUAGAAUGUUUAACUGGUCCUGGACAGAAUGAGCACUGCUGCACAUUUGUAAUUAAUGGAGAAGAUCACACAUUAGGCAAUGCACUUAAGCAUUUUAUUGUACAGAACCCUGCUGUUGAAUUUUGUGGCUACACAGUUCCACAUCCAAUGGAACGCAAAAUACACAUACGCAUACAAACAUGGGAUACUCCAGCUGUAGAAGUUCUACAUCAAGCAUUAAAGGACCUCAAGAAGCAGAAUGAAGCUGUCAAAAAACUGAUCCAGGAUGAAGUAAAAAGAUAUCAAGAAGCCCAUCCACAGCAAGACUUGGAGAAAUGAAAUCACUGAGAUAACAGGAGAAUGGAACCUCUGAAAUAUAUUAUUUACUGUGAUUCUCAAAAUGUUUUAUACCUGACAAAUAAAUUGUAUGCUCUAUGAA